UUGUGUACAGUGUCCACUGUUCAGUAUACAGUAUAGUUGCAACACGCUUGUAAUGGAAUAAAAAUGAAAACAUUCCAGUUAGAUUCAAAAAACGACCAUGGCAUAAUUCUAAUGAACAGAUAGUGGAACAAGUAGUAGUGAUUUGCGAAAAUACCAAUAAUGAAGAAUUACGAAUUUUAUUUUUUUUUGUUGCAAUUUUGUCUCUUACAUUUUGCAAAUUGUUUGCACAGAAAUUUGAAAUAUUAUGAGAACCUCGAUUCCACACAUUUUCAACACAGAAUUGUGAAAAGGGGUGUACAGCAUAGCAGUCAUCCUUACAAUAAAAUCAGUGAAGUUGAAUUUUAUGCUCACGGAAGACACUUUCGAUUGAUCCUUACUCCAAGAAGAGAAGUGAUACACUCAAAAUUUAAAGCGUACGAGGUCAAUGGGGAUGGAGAAGAGACAACAGUCCAUUUAGAUCAUGAAAAUUUUUAUCACGGUCGUGUCUUCGGUGAGCUGGAUUCUCAUGCUCAAGUACACAUUGACCAAGGAGUUUUGACAGCGAGUAUAACUAUUGACAAGGAAACUUAUCACAUAGAACCAUCAUGGAGACACAUGCCUCAUUUGGGCAACGAUAGUAUGAUUAUUUAUAAAGCUUCAGAUGUCAAAUUCAGUUGGGAACAUUUUGAAAAUGGAGAAGGUCAUACUCAUGGUGCUCCCAAGACCUGUGGUUAUGUUCAAGAAGAUUCAGAUGAUACUGAAGAGACAGACGAUGUUCAUGAGGAUGGAGGACAUGUUCGAACCAAAAGACAAUCGGAAACUUACGAGUACACUCCAACUAAAACUCGCUGCCCUUUACUGCUCGUUGCCGAUUAUCGUUUUUAUCAGGAAAUGGGAGCGAGCAGUACAAAAACUACGAUCAAUUACUUGAUAAGUUUGAUCGACCGAGUUCACAAAAUUUACAACGAUACCCUAUGGCAAGAACGUCAAGAACAGGACGGAUUUAAGGGCAUGGGUUUCGUGAUAAAAAAAAUCGUGGUCCACAGUGAACCAACUCGAGUACGAGGUGGUGAAACACAUUACAACAUGGUUCGAGAAAAAUGGGAUGUGCGGACUUUGCUCGAAGUGUUCAGUCGCGAAUACAGUCACAAAGAUUUUUGUCUCGCUCAUUUGUUCACGGACCUUAAAUUCGAAGGAGGCAUUCUUGGUCUCGCUUACGUUGGUUCACCCCGCAGAAAUUCCGUUGGUGGAAUUUGCACCCCAGAGUACUUCAAAAACGGAUACACGCUUUAUUUGAACUCGGGACUUAGCUCGAGCAGAAACCAUUAUGGACAAAGAGUAAUAACGCGUGAGGCUGAUCUUGUUACAGCACACGAGUUCGGUCACAAUUGGGGAUCUGAACACGAUCCUGAUAUAACGGAAUGCAGCCCCAGCGCUAGUCAAGGAGGAUCGUAUCUCAUGUACACGUACAGUGUCAGUGGCUACGAUGUUAAUAACAAGCGUUUUUCACCGUGCAGUCUUCGCUCCAUCCGAAAAGUAUUGCAAGCAAAGUCAGGUCGAUGUUUCUCUGAGCCCGAAGAAUCUUUCUGUGGUAAUUUGCGGGUGGAGGGUGACGAGGAAUGUGACGCAGGACUUUUGGGAACUGAGGACAAUGACGCCUGUUGCGACAAAAAUUGCAAGUUACGUAGGAAUCAAGGCGCUGUUUGCAGUGACAAGAAUUCACCUUGCUGCCAAAAUUGUGCGUUCAUGAGAUUGGGAGUCAAAUGCAGAGAUGCGCAAUACGCGACUUGUGAACAAGAAUCCAGAUGCACCGGAGCAUCGAGUGAAUGUCCAAGAUCUCCACCAAUGAAAAAUGGAACUGGCUGUUUGGAGAGAGGCCAAUGUCGCCUUGGAAAAUGUGUUCCAUAUUGCGAGACUCAAGGAUUGCAAAGCUGCAUGUGUGACACGAUCAGCGACGCUUGCAAAAGAUGCUGCAGAAUGAGCAUGAACGAGACUUGUUUCCCCAUAGACCCACCGGAUAUCUUGCCAGAUGGUACUCCUUGCAUUCAAGGAUUUUGUAACAAGGGAAUUUGUGAGAAAACGAUACAGGAUGUUGUCGAAAGGUUCUGGGACAUAAUCGAAGACAUAAACAUAAACAAAGUGAUACGUUUCUUGAAAGAUAACAUCGUCGGAGCUGUGAUUAUAUGCACAGCAAUAGUUUGGAUACCAGCGAGUUGCGUUGUGAGCUACAUUGACCAUCGUCGAGUCAGAGAGAAUGAGAAAAAAUGGCGAUGGAAGCACACCGACGAGCUCAUUCAUCCAGAAGAACAGAGACAAGUUAUUUGCGUUGGUUUGCCGCGUCAAAGAGUGCAAAAUCAAACGCAACAGACUUAGAAUAUUCUGUUGCUCUGAAUUUUAUCACAGAAUGCAACGUUCUCUUCGUAUGUAUUUUUGUUCUCGAACUAGUCAUCAAAUUUACAAUUCCAGGUCAAAAGCUGUGAAAUUUUUCAGGCGUAAUGUGUAGUUACCAUGUUCAUUUUAUUUAUUUCAUAAGAGUUUAAUGUCGAGAUUGAGAAAAAUCGAACUUUUGAUACAAGAGAAGCGUACGAAUUUCCUUCAUUUCUUGAAAUGUAUAUACGGAACAUGGAGGAAAGUAUAGAAUAGAUAGAAAACUGCCGCAUUCUAUGCAAUACUACUGUUCAAAGACGCGUAACAUUUGAGAAAUAGACAUCGCGCUAAAAAAAUUCGCGAUAAUUCAUUUCGUUUCGUAGCUUUAAUUUCUUAAAACUUAUUUGAAACUCGGAGGAAAAUCGACCGUCUUCAAUUCGUUGUUUGAUGAUUUUUUCGAAUCAAAUCUAACUGAAUUUCGAUUGAAUGCCAUUGUCUAAUGAAGUCCGUAGUUUACGGCAUUAGCCUCACCUUAGACGUUCUGAUAACAUUUCACAAAUCGUACUCUUCUUGACAAACGUGUAGACAUAUUUUGUAGUAAAUUUAACAGACUCCACGGUCCCUUAGUAAUACAACAGAAAAACAAUUUCAAAUGAGGUCAAAAAGUUGGACACAGAUACUUAAAAAUUCAUUCAAAGCUACGAUAAAUUUGGUAUCUGACCCUUGAAUACUCUUUUUGUAGCGCCCUGCUAAUUGGGCACUAAAAAUCAGAUUCCCAGUUUCCUCAAGUGGCAAAAUUUAAUUUGAGUUUCCAAAACUUCGCAGAACACGGGAUUGAGAUUUAUUUCUAGUGCAUACAAGUCCACUAUAUCAUAAGGAAUACAAAAUAUAAUCGAUUAAUACCAUGUACAAUCCCAAAGCAUUUAUAUCUGUCGAAUACGUAUGAAACCCUGGUUGUACUUAAGAUUUUCUUGUAUAUUAAUGUCUUAUACAAAAAUUAGUGCAAAUUUAAAACUCGAAGAGCUUUUUUUCAUAUUUUUCCGAAGUAGGCGAGCAAGAAUAACACGUGAAUCAGAUUGAAAGGGCAAAAAAGUUUUUAUUCAUUUUAACAAAAUACAAUUUUGAGAUUAUUCAAGACAACUGCCUGAAAGUCAUUUAAAAGUUUUUCAUUCUGUUACAGAAUUUUAUUUUUUCUUCAGUCUUUUAUAUGUUAAUAUUUUCCAGUGUUGAAAUAAUAGCAAUUAAUUAUAUUGUAUAAGACUCUAAACGAUGUUCAGUCCAAUGCCAUAUGUAUUUGUAGAUUAUUGGUAACUUACAAUUGUUGUGACCUUCGAAACGAUUACUUUCUGACGACUUUAUUUUACAAUUAUGUAAAUACAAAUAUAUAUUUCUACUGUUUGA